UGUACGUGUCGGAGGCGGAGUUCCGAAGCGGUCCUUGCAGCAUGGCCGCCGGAGCCACCGCCGCCUUGGCGUUCUUGAGCCGGGAGAGCCGAACCCGGGCUGGGGGCGUUGGGGGGCUGCGGGCCCCGGCUCCGGUUACUAUGGACAGUUUCUUCUUCGGCUGUGAGCUCUCUGGCCACACUCGCUCUUUCACCUUCAAGGUAGAGGAAGAGGAUGAUGCAGAGCACGUGUUGGCUUUGACCAUGCUCUGCCUCACAGAGGGGGCUAAAGAUGAGUGUAACGUGGUAGAAGUUGUGGCUCGGAACCAUCACCACCAGGAGAUUGCAGUCCCUGUGGCCAACCUCAAGUUGUCCUGCCAACCCAUGCUCAGUUUGGAUGACUUCCAGCUCCAACCACCUGUAACCUUCCGCCUGAAGUCAGGUUCUGGCCCUGUGCGGAUCACUGGGCGGCACCAGAUUGUUACUGUAAGCAAUGAUGUUUCUGAGGAGGAAGAGAGUGAAGAAGAGGGGAGUGAGGAGGAGGAAGCUGAGUUGUGCCCCAUCCUGCCUGCCAAGAAGCAGGGGGCCAGGCCUUAACUCUCCUUGGUUAGCUAUCACCCUGCCACACAUGCUGUGCACCACGUUGCUGUACAAGUGCCAAGAGUUUUAAACGUCUUCUCCACUGAAGAGGAGGGGUGGGGUGGAGAGUCUUGGGCUGGUGCUAGGAGAGAGGGGGUCCCAUUCUCCAUAGGGUCCUGGUAUUCUAAUCCUAUACCAUGCCUGGGGCUUCCAUUUUUUCUGGGAGUAGGAGGAACUCUGAACUUCUGACCCUCUCUCCCCCUAUGAUCAGCAUAUGAAGCUCAGGACUACACAUUUUUAAAUUCUUUUUACAUUUUUGGAUAAGUGUUGAAAUAAAGUAGCUUUUUUGCAGCUUA